UGCUCUACAAAUAGCCGUCUGCGAACUUUUCAGUUAGCUUAGUACAUAUUCGUAAAUAUUCAUGAAUGUCUACUUAAACAUAUUUAAUAUCUACAUAACAAAUACAUAAGCGAAAUGAAGAAAAAUUUUUGGCUUAAAACUUGUUUAAGACGAACUUUUAAACAAAAGAGUUAGUCCGCCUUUGUUAUUACAAGAAGAAAGUUUUCAUAAUGAAAUAUAAAAAAACUUGCUUGACAUUACUAACCUUAAGUAUAUGUGUAGGCUGGGGAAAUGGAGCUAAUCUGUUGAAUAGUUACUUACCAGCGUGUAUGCAAGUUUUAGCUUAUUAUUUGGAUCAUUUGCAAUAUGAGCCCUUUUCAAUGACUACAGUACGAGAUGGUGCAACAAACAAUAAUGACUCAUAUCUUCCUACUACGACAAUGUCGCUAACUUCCACGAGCAGUUCCGGUUUAUGGUCGGUUUCCAACUGGGGAAAUCAAGUGACUUCCUCCACGACGAAAAUGCCAUCGCUUCAAGAUAUUUACAUAAAGUUCAAUAAUUCUUACUCUUCUGAUACCACAAAAUCACCAAUUUCUACCACCACCACUUUUGGGGUAUGGGCCAUUCCUCAAUGGUGGACACACGCAACUACACCAAAGGAACCGUCAUCAUCAAUUCCUACGCGGUUCCACAAACCUGCUUUGUUUGCUCCGUUUAAAAAGUGGUAUAAAAUGAAGUUCGAUAAUGUUGAAUCGAACUGGGAAAGAUUUAAUACAUUGCCUUUAUCACUGAUACGUGAUAUAGAAACUGAUGCUAAAUCCGAGCACCCGGCAAAUAUCUUGGAAUCUAUAGAUAAUUUUCUGCGUUUGUAUGAUGAUAACUAUGGACGAGUGAUCGUCAGUUCGCACACAUCGACGGAUCCUUGGUCUGCAUUAUCGAAUGCUGGCAAAAAACGUGAGCCUCCUGCAAGGCCUUAUAUGGAGUUUCUGCUUGUUUACGAUGUCCUGAAGCGAGAUGCUAAAACUUUGAAUUUAAGUAAAUACGAGGGUUAUUCAGAGGACUUGCUUAAUGAAUUGCAAAAAGUCUCUAAUAUAUCAUCAGCCCGACAAUUGCAUGUAUUAUUUAAGCGCCUGCUGGAACGUGGGGACGUGAAACGUAUUGAUACCAUAACCCGUGUCGAAGCCCUUAUUAACGAAUUAAAUAAUCCCAACAGCGACACGGCUAAAGCUCUGCGUUUUAUACCGGCAAUGCCGUUUUUAGCCUAAGUAUAUAAAAAAUAAAAAGGAUAACAACAUC